GUUUUUUGAAAAAUUUAUCCAAAGUGACUGACUAUAGGUCCAUUAUUCCUUCAUGGACUAAUUGUUACUUUAGUGUUUGUGAUUAAUUCUGCAGAUGUUAAUGGUGAGAAAUGGUUAUAGCUUGCAUCCGAUGUCUUUAUCAGGAGGAUCGCGACCUCCUACGAUGUUUCCUCAGACUGAGUUGUUCAAUCUUGAUGAGGGUAAUAGUGGGUUUCACAAUUCUAACAAUGCAAUUACCCCGCCUACUAACAAUGAAUAUUUCGCACGGCAAGCUUUUAGUUUUCCAGAACAAUGCAGCAUCUCAAAUCAAUCUGUUAUCUUACCCUCGGCGACCAAUAUAGCUUCAUUUGAUACCUCAUCAAGUUUUCAAACCUCUAUUAAGGAUAAUUUCUGCAACAACAUGCCACAACUGAUUUUGGAUACAACAAGGAUUGGAAAAACUCCUUCUUCAGAUGUUUCUUAAACAGCUUGAAUUCAUCAGAGACAGAAAUCCAUUUUGUAAAAGGGUAGCUUUUUGUUCAGACAUCAUGAUCUACACUUGAACUCAAAUUUGACACUUGAUUAGGUUGUUUGUGGCACAAUUUUGUAACACUGUUUGACACAAUAUUUGUGCCAUUGAUAACUACAUUAAAAUGUAUUAACAUUUUAAGAAUUCUUCAAUUACAAAAUGAAGCUAAUGAACAUUCUGCAACACA